CGGUUACCGGUCACCUACUGAGCCCGUGACGAUCGCGGACUAAACUUGCGAAUUUAAAUUUCGAACGAUUCGCAUCUAUCGACGACCAUUGUUUGAGCGAACAAUGCGACGUGCGUAAUCCAGCUUCCUGUUUUGGAUUGAAUUGUAUUCAUAUUAGAACGAGGCUAGUGUUUAUGGACCUUUGUUUACUGAGAAACUAAGUCUCGUCGAACAGUACGAAAGUUACAUCUUAUCCAUUGAAUAGCUAAUAAAAGCCGUCAAACUGUAUUCCUUCGAGAACUUCAAGGCUUACGAGUACGAUGACGAUUGCAAUGGACACGAGGAUAGAUUUGAUACGAAUAAGAAAAGCGUGACAAUGCGAGAAAAAAGGGGAGGCGCUAUGAGCAAAAUGCAAAAGCUCAGAAAGCGCUUGUCCCUAAGCUUCGGUAGAUUAUCAACAAAAGACGAGUCGGAAGGCGAAGACAAAUGCAGAGAUCGACCGUUUGGCGGUAGCGGCGCGCGUGGCAAACUACCCUACAAUGGAUACUCGGAAGAAUGCCUAGACCGAUUAGAACCAAACGGAAAUAUACCUAAUGAUAAGGAUUCACAUUAUGAUUGGAGUGGCAGUGGCAACGGAGAAUAUCGAGUUAGAAGACAGCUCUCAGUAUCAUCAGACUCGAAAUUACUAGACGAGGGGGCGAGAGAGGAGGCAAGGGUGAUUAUGAGGCCGAAGCGACCUCCCAGGCCCAAGUCCGAAGCGUUCCUAGGACCACAUGAACAUUCAAAUAGACGUACCAAGCGAUUUAGUGCCUUUGGGGGUGACUCUCCAUUCGGGAAAUCCGAAGCGUAUAUAAAGCUGGAGCAACUCGGCGAAGGGUCAUAUGCCACAGUGUACAAGGGCUAUAGCAAUUUAACACAGCAAGUUGUGGCGUUAAAAGAAAUCAGACUGCAAGAAGAAGAAGGCGCGCCGUUCACGGCAAUACGGGAAGCGUCGCUACUCAAGGAACUGAAACAUGCGAAUAUCGUUACGUUACACGAUAUCGUACAUACGAGAGAGACGCUCACGUUUGUCUUCGAGUUUGUGGAUACGGAUCUAUCACAAUAUAUGGAGAGACAUCCCGGUGGUCUCAAUCGUCAUAAUGUUAGGCUGUAUAUGUUCCAAUUACUUCGAGGGCUAUCGUAUUGCCAUCGGAGAAGGGUCUUACACAGGGACGUGAAACCUCAAAACUUAUUAAUAAGUUCGCACGGUGAGCUUAAGCUUGCCGAUUUUGGUCUUGCACGCGCUAAAUCAGUGCCCAGUCACACGUACUCACACGAAGUUGUCACGUUGUGGUACAGGCCACCAGAUGUACUGCUGGGCAGCACGGAGUAUUCAACUUCUCUGGACAUGUGGGGUGUGGGAUGUAUUUUCGUGGAGAUGCUUUGUGGUGUUCCCACGUUCCCUGGAGUACGUGACACCAACGAUCAACUUGAUAAGAUUUUCAAGGUCCUUGGAACUCCAACAGAGGAAAGUUGGUCAGGUGUAACUCGCCUACCGGGUCUACGCACGCACAUUGCUCGUUGGGGCUGGUGCGCAGCUAGACCGCUCGCAUCGGCUUUUCCGCGCAUGCGCGACGCUGGAAGGGAUGCGCAGAGAUUAGCCGCGGCGCUAUUACAGCCGGAUCCGACGCGAAGGUUGUCAGCUCCAAGGGCGAUGAGACACGAUUACUUCGCUGAACUGUCUUCACGUCUUUCCGACUUGCCUGAUGAGGUGUCAAUAUUCACAGUGGAAGGCGUAAGUCUCCAUCCAGAAGAAUAAGAACCCACCGAAGCGAACUUUUAGUUGAAUCUUUGUUCCUUCUGUCGACAUCGCGUUUCGGCAGUCGACAUUACGUUUAUCUAGUGUCGAUAACGUUCAUUAGUUAGUACGUUCCAAUUCCUAUAGUUUUAAUGCAAAUUCCGGUUGACAUUUUGUCGAAGGACCAAAAAGUGAUAUUCUCCCAAUUAAGACGUACAUUGAUUGUCGUCCAUUGAUUCUGCUAUUUGCAACCAGUCUGCCAGAAUUAAAAUUCGAUCAAGAUAAAAAAUAUCCGUCAAAAACUACUGUACUAUUGAAAAAUUUAAAUAGCAGUUUCAGGGAUCUGUUUCUGUUGAUAACACCUAUCUAUCGAUUUGUACCACGAUAUCUCUUUGCUCAUUCAAUCUUAAUUUAACAACCCAAUCCUUUAU